AUCUCAGGGUCCUUGGUUGAAGGACCUCACGGAGAAGUAAACACUUGCAAUCGUCAAUUAACAUUCAAUCAUCAUUCAGUGUGUUUCACGUCUCACCAGUGAACCCGACGCGAUGGCAGAGGACAAUGAGCUGGAGAAGCGGGCAGUAGAGGAGCUGCUGAAGGAGACUGACAGGGCUCGAGUGAGAGCAGAGACCAUGGGCCCUGCAGGAUGGUUGAAGUGUCCCCUGCGGAGCACCAACAAGCGCUUCCUCAUAAACACCCUGCGUUCCACCGGCCUACAGCGGCGCAGCGCUGAGCCCAGAGACGGACACUCCACCACGAGAGGGCGCCGGAGGAGCGACUCCCCAGACAGAAGCCGGGACCGCAGCAGAACACCUCCCAGAGAUCACAGAAGUUACGAAGGCCACGCAGACAAUAAACACCACCACAGAGACAGCUGCAAUAACAAAGAUAAGAAGCUGGAUAGAGACCGAGAGAGGAGUCACAGACACAAAGACAACAGAGACAGGAGACAUGGAAAGGAUGGCCAGAACAGAGACAAAGACAGACUUCAUGAAUGAAGACUUCUGUCCAGGAGAGGAACACUGUGUUACAGAGGCCACUCCCUGUUCAGGCCCCACAGAGGUGGACACUCCUGGAACUGCUCACUGACCAGCUAACAUACCUCACAGAACUGUUGGCAGACUGAGAGAACUGUCCUGUGCACCUGUCUGAGAAGACAUUUGUUGAAGUUCUUAUUCCUGUUGAUGGAUACUGUUUACACAGGGUAGUUGAUGAGGUUUAUUUAAAGCCAGUAGCAAAGAUUAAGUCUUUUUUUCCCCAGGAUUUUCCACUUGGAUUGGAGUGAAUACACUACUAAGUGGCCGUUACAGCCCAGGUUAUCAGGAGGAUUUCUUUCACAGAACAUUUUCUUGUAAACAUUUCCCCUUCCUUCCCCUCACACAUGACUCAUGGUCUGGUGUAAUUCUGUUUUACCUGCAGUGAAGUAGGUUUGAUUUCAAUUAUAUGGUCAUUACCAUUCUCCUGUCAUUAUUCACGAGUCAUAAUGUUUACAUAAGCCAUGCUGCUGUCGCCACUGGGUAAGCACAUUAUAUCGCGUGUCCAACUUUUUGGACAUGUACGUAUGUUUACCGGCUAUCAGAAACUGAUUUGUUUGUCAAAGGAGAAAAGAAAAUUCUUUUUUCUGACACUCCUAUGUGUGUCCUCGUGCAGGACUGGGCUCCAGCAAUGGAUUAACAGCAAUCAGGCUUUAAUAACAAUAACUUGCACUGAUAAUCCAGUGAUUAAACUCACACACACAUUUCAAAGUGUUUUAGUGGGGUCACCAUGGUUUCAGGACAACAGAUGGAAAUGUGCUCAAGCAUUGAAAGUGUUGCUUUUUAUAUCUUUCUCAUCCAUUUGGCCGUUCUCCAUGUGUGUGAGCAUACACUCUUUUUUAUUGUUCCACUCCCGCAGCUUUCUAUAAAUGUGGCAACUGUCAUUCUCUGCUGUCAGGAUUACCCAUGGAUCUAUUUUAUACGAAAUUUAAGAUGCAUUACUCCUCGCUUAAGCCAUUACGCUGAAUUCUGCGUCUGGAAAGUCAGCUAAAAUGUGCUUAACGCCCCUCAUGCUUCAUAAAUCACGUUGUCCAUCUCCACUGUAGUGGAGUGUAGCUUGGGUUAACUGUUUCCUUCCUCUUUGAGACAAUGUUCAUAUAUAAACACCAUUAAGCCAUAAUGCAGCGGGUGAUGUGUAUAGAAUUGGUUUACUUGAACUUUAUUGCAUCGCUGAGUGCCCCAUUAAGAUACUGUGGAAAGUGCCAUAAUUGCUUUUGAAGAACUCUGUGCAAAUAGACUGUUGAUAGACACUAGCAGGGUAGAAGUCGUCCUGUACUCCUACAAUUGACAUGAAAAAAGGUGAAUCACUCUGAUCCUGUGGCAAAGCCUCAACUGUUACAUAAGCCAGCAGGUGACCUCUUCACGCCACGUCGGUUAAUUGAGUUCUGUUGCUGACCCCAACCUUAAUUGGUUAACCACGAGAGCUGUUGUUUAAUGGGGCGACCACACACCUGUUAGAGGCUAAUGGCCAGCAAACACGGCGAGAGUGCAGCGGCUCUGUGUUUGCUGUCGUGCAGGGACCCAGAUGAUGCGUUUACAGAGGGUAAUGGGUACAUUUUAAAAGUGAGAAAAACUGUAGACAGGAAAAAACAGAACUAGACUAUGAUGUUUGAGCUUUUCAUCCGAGUUUCCAAGACAACUGUCUCUCCAUGCAGGUCUCUUAUCUUGCAGGUCAACCAAUGUUUGCUCCCAUACAUAUCGAUUUAUCAUUGGCAGAGAGCAGACGAGAGAUGUAUCCAUAUAAAUGUGUCUGAUAUAUAUAUACUGUGUGAGGACAAUCCUAAGCAAUAGAACCUUAAGGACUCCAUCAGUGUGGUGGAGGCCGGGUCUCUCACA